AGUGCCAUUGCGGGUGUUGAAGGGAGAGGUCGCGCACUCCCGCCUCCAGAGCUCGUUCCUGUGUUACCUCUGAUUAAUCAUCUUUAACGCUUUGUCCUGUCAUCCAGCGUGUGUCUUGGAGGUCAUUUGAGUGCAGCCUGAGCCACGCCCUCGGGACUCCAGCGGCGCCAUCCUGACGCCGCGAGGUACCCAAGUCGCGAACAACAAUCAAAAUAAAGUACAAAAACACGGUGGAGGCGAGGAAAGUUGAAGCCCUGUAGCUCCUUCGACUCCCGCUGCCCCUCCUCCGCCAUCUCCUCCUACUUGCCCCCUCCUCUUCCUCCUCCUCCUCCCUCGUGGCGGUGGUGGUGGUGACUCUACCCCCCCCCCCUCCCACGCCCUCAGGUAACUCUUGAAAUCAUGUCGCUGGUGAGGUGAAGCGAGAAGACACUUGAUGAUUGAAAAAGGUGGAACGUGAAGUAAGGAAGGACAGAUUAGUAAAACAGCAAGAAGAAGUAUAAAAACAGAUAAGGAACGGCUAAAAAGUGAAUAAAGGAAAACGGCAAUAAAGCAAGAGAAAAUGGGGGAAUAUAAAGCGAUAAAACACGUGAUUAUUGAGGAAACUGAAACAUGAAGGAAAGGAAAGAUAAUUAAAUAAAGAAGAGUAAAGGUUAAGACUGAGGUAAGGAACAUAUAAAGACUUAAGAAAGGAAAGGGUCAGUAAAACAAAAGAGAAAGGAAAACAUAAACAAGUAUUCGAGUAACAUAGAAUAAUUGGAUGUUUUUGGACUCCCUCUGUGGUGUUUGUAUGUGACUUGAGACUGUGAAGCAAAGCGGAAGACAAAAAAGGAAAGAAAAGGAAGAAAGGAAAAGAAAACACAGAAAUCAUAAGCAAAAACAAAGACAACUUCAGUGGGGUUGAUUUCUACGUAUACUGUUUUGUGAUUCGUUUUAUCUCUGAGACGUUAACAAAAAACAAGAAAAGAAAAGAGAAACACCAAUCAAAACAUCAAGAAAACAACAACAAAUCAACCAAUAAGACAAACAAAACAAAAAUAAUCAAAGAAGAAAUAAAACGUAUUGACUGCCCUUCCUUUUCUCGACGUGACAUUAAACUAAUUAGCGGAACUCUCAGCCAGCGACGUAUUGCUUCCUGACUGGCUAGCGUGUGGAGGCGUGAUGACGUGGCGAGCUGUGAUUGGCUGGUGAUGAGGGAGGCCGCGGGGGGGAGCAGGGCGGACGCGUGGUUAUGAUUGGCCGCCACGAUGAGUCUGACGCCGCUGGACGAGGACACGUCAGAGGAGAUUCUAACAUCUUGAUAUCCAUUCUAUAGUAGGGUGACCAGAACUGGACCGCGUAAUCAAGCAGGAGCCCGAGCGACAGGGGGUGUGCGGGGCCCUCAGACACAGCGCCAAUUGGAAGUGCUUCAUGCUCACCUUGCUCAUCCUCACCUGCCUCACCGCAAUCACCUGGUGCAGACUCACGCAGGUCACUAAGGUGUUCCUGGACUUCGACACCUUCCCCAUCACCAUGACGCGGAAGCUGAGUGCCUGUGAAGACGGCUACCUCUACAUCCCCGUCGCCUUCCUCGCCAUGCUCUACCUGGUCUACCUGCUCGAGUGCUUCCAUUGCCCCACCAGGAUGCAGCUGACGCACACCACGCCAGCAUCCCACGUGGAGGCCAUGAUCGAGGCCAUGAGGGCGGCACAGCCUGUCAUCUGGUGGAAGGCGAUGUGUUACCAUUACGUCAGGAGGUGCCGCCACGUGACGCGAUACCACAACGGGGACGCUUACACCAGCACGCAGGUAAGGCAACGAAAGGUGUUUUACGAGCGUGUCAAUUCGCACUCCGUCGGUACCUGCUUUCUCUUUUCCAACUGCGGCGUCAAGGACAUCUCCAAGAAGCUCGUUAACCUGUCCAAGUUCGCCUGCACUAAGAUACGAGUAUCGAAAGGUUUUGCAUUCGCCAACCUGGAGGCAGCGAAUGAGUUUGAGGAGCAGAGAGCGCGCUUCUUCCAGGAGAGCGAGAGAAGGGAUGACUAUAUGGAGAUGCGUGAGGGGCUGGACCUGACCAACGUGGUGUUCCGGGAGUUCGUGAUCGCUCGGAGGGACAACAAGCGGCCGCCCUGGUACAUACGUCACGUGGUUUUCUGGAUCGCCUCGCUAUUACUGCUGUCCUGGCCCCUGCGCUUCCUCAUCGAGUACAACACCACCUACGUUCAUUAUCAGGUUACUAAGCUGUUCGGUGUGAACUACACCACGCCCGUCAGCGGCGGCCGCGCCUCCCGUGGCUCCGCCACCACGGACAGCCACGACCUGGAGGCCACCAUCGCCAACAACUGCACGCUGGUGCCUUCGUACAGCGAGGCGCUACUCAUGGAGGUGUCGGCAUCCGUCGACGCCAACGGCAACAUCCCUAGCAGCCUGCCGCCAGCCGCCUCCUCCGCCAGCGUCGGCUCCGAGUUGGCGGUGAGCCUGUCCCUGGGCGCCGCGGCCUCCAGGACCUCACUGCACAACGGCUACGUGCUCUACCACGCCUCGCCGCUGGUGCCGUGCGUGCCAGCAGACCCCUUCGAGGGCUGCGGCUGCACUCUGCCCGCCGAGGCGCCGCCAGACUACGAGGACGCCCUCAGGGUGUCGGCGCCGCUGCUGGGCUCCAUGUCACCCUCGCCGCUGCGGCGCUCCCACACCGAGCGGGACAUCCCCUCCACGCCGCGCCUCACGCUGCCGCGCCGCUCCUGCCACUACGACCUCGAGACCCAACUAUGACCACCCCCCCCGCCCCGCCCCUUCGCCUCCACCACACCCCCGCUUUCCCCCACCCCCGCCCUGCGCCCCACGUCCCCGCCCCCGCCCCUGCUGGCCGCUGCCUCCCCUCCCUGGCCACCUGACGUCCACUCGCCCUCCAGCAGCCCCUCCUCAGACCCCCUCAGCACGCUGCUCACGACGCCCCUGAAAGCCCACGGGUGCAGGAAGUGGCCCUGAGCCCUUUCGCGCCCCGCGCCGGGCCGCUGCUCACCGGCACAUCCUCUUCAUCCUCGUGUCACUCCCUUGAUGUCGCGUGCCGGGCUGGCCGCCGCCGGGCAGCGCCUCACGCGCCUUGGAAAUACGCUUCAUGUCUGGUGCUUCGCUGCUGCAGUGCGUCUCGCUCUCCACGGCUUGGGUUGCUACACUAAGGGAGUCCUCAAAGUCUUGGCCGCCGCGGGAACCUGUACAAGACAUGUGACUUGCAUCUUUGUAGUGGAGGCUGACCGUACCGUUAGUUGACCUCUGCAGACUGACUCCUCUAGGUCUCGCCAUGACACAGCUGGUUAAGGAUGCCGAGGAGUCGCCGCGCCGCGCACGUUAUUUGCCUUGGUGGAGAGACCGUGAUCCUCCGUCUUCCCUUGAUGGCGGCUGCGGCGAAAAAGCAUAUGUUGGUGCUGAAGAGACGAGACGCUGCUUUGCUUCGUGCUUGUGUUGUGUGUGGGGGUGACGGGGCGGGGCGGGGCGGGGCAGGGGACGGGGCAGAGUGGGUAGGGGGCGGGAUAGGCAGAGUGACACCACGGAUUUCAUAGGUGCUUGAGAAUUUUCCUUUUUUUGGUGCUUUUUUGAAAUGUGAGGCAAAAGGAUGAACGGUGAUUUUGUUGUUAGGGUCAGGAGGAAGAGAACUCAGGGACGGGAGAGGAAGUAACGCCCCUAAGGAAAGGUGUUUGUGUUUCUCACCUGGGGAAGCAAAUGACAGGUGUGUUUCAGGUGUGUUGCAGGUGUGUUGUGGAUGUGUUGCGAGGCUUGGUUAGGAUUAGUAGGUUAGUAGGAUCGGCAAAACACGUCUCUAGGAACACGCUAAGAAAAGGAGUUGAAGAAAAAGACUCGCUUCAACCCUUGAGAAAUAUAGGUAAUUACACACACACAUACACACACACACACACACACACACACACACACACACACUCCCAUAGCGACAACAACGCAUGAAAUCACAAAAGGAACAUUAAUUACGCUGCUAAAUUUCCCUAAACAACAAUUAACGCAAGACAAAGAGUUUUACACAACAAAUUAAUCGACUUUUUCUUUUUCUUUUAUCCUAGCCAAGGUUUUUGUCCCUACGUACACACACACACACACACACACACACACACACACACACACACACACACACACAACACUCGAGAAAUUUCACUUCAUCAAUAAUUGUCAUAACCAAAAACUCAACAAGAAGAAUUAAUCAAAACUUUAAAUAAAAACAGAGAAUAAAUAAUAAUAACAACAACAAUAACAACAAGAACAAAAAGACUGACAAUUAAAACGAAUAUAAACGUAAUCAAUUAACGAACAAAAUAGGAAAACCAGUCCUUGCUCAGGCGGAUUUUUUUUUAUGUUAACGCCAUUCCGUAUUAUUAGCCCCGUGUGUGUGUGUGGGGGGGGGGGGGGGGGGUAGGUGUAUGGGUGUGUAUGUGUGUAUGUAUGUAUGUAUGUAUUCGCGGAGGCUUUGUGAGGUGAAGCCAGGCAAGGGAGAUGAAGCUUAUAAAGGCGUAAACGGGCGAAGCGAUUGAACGUUAGCAACAAAAAGGACGCCUCAGAACAGCCUUCACCUGCACACGUGUCCACAGGUGACUCGCACAGGUGAUCAAGGUCAUAUAGAGGUGCAGGUACAGGUGUAGAGGAUAUUGGAUUCUUUGUUAAGGGAUCGAAUAGCUUGGUUUAUAGAUAAGUUAGUCGCAACUCAAAACAGCGAAGGAGACGGUGAAAAACAAAAACAACACAGUCAGUCAGUUCCCGGAAAGCGUUUUGUGUUGUAUGUGUGUGUUGCGUGUGUUGUGUGUGUGUUGUGUGUGUGUUGCGAGGUAUUGUGUUGCCUCGGGACCGUUCCUUCGUUCGGCCGCCUCGUCGAUUCUUGGGUGUUGCAUAAAUGGGAGGUUUGAUCGCUCGUGUGUUGCGAUGUGUGUUGGAGGCAGCGUUGUCAAAUUAUCGUACUCAGCAUUUAGCCUCUUCGUAGUUUCUGACCGACAACUAUAGCGAAAAAGAACGAAAACCAUCAAUAAUUUACAGUUUCAACGAUAACUUUAAUUUUCUAUCGUUAUGUGUGUGGCUGCGACCGUCUCGGAGCCUAAAAAAUGAUAAACACGAUUGUCAGAGUACGACGAUUUGGCAACGCUGAUUGGAGGCUUCAUCUUUGGCGUGUUGCUGCUCAGGGAAUGUGUUGAGAAAGGGCGUUAGAGGAGUAAGGGAGGGAAGUAGGGAUGAUGUCGAGGAAAGUACCUACCUCUAGACUGGAGAUAGAAAAGAGGAGAGAGGAAAGAGAAAGAGGAAAGGAAGAAGAGGAAAAGGGAUAUAGAAAAAGUAUUGUGGAGUAUAGAAGAUAGGGAAAUGAAGAAAUAGGAAGUUAUAUAAAGACGAAAGGAAGGGAGGGAUAUACAUGAAGGUUAAUAAAGUGAAGAGGAUAGGGAUUGUGAUGACUGUCAUAAAGGUGAAUAUGAUAACAGUUGUAUGAUGGCGUUGGUACUAAUGGUGUUUUCUAUGGUGAUGGUAACAGUGAUGGUGAUGAUGGUGAUGGUGAUGUGCUUCGCUGUUAAAUUGUGUUCUUGUUCUCACCAAAAACAAAUUAAGAAAAUAUAGUCCUUUAGAAGAAUCAAUGAAUAGUUUUUACAAGUCUCCCCUUCCUCAUUACUUGUUUUGCAUACCUGAGAACUAACUUUUUUUUUUACCUUUUUAUCCAACUAACAGGUAUACUUUUUUUUUCUUUUUCUGCCUCGAACGUGACUAAUCUGGCAUGUAGAUAUUUUUUUCCUAAGGUUAAGAAUUUGUAUGUAUUUCCCUUCCUCAUUACCUGUUUUGCAUACCUAAGAAGUAACUAUUUUUUUUUUUUUUUUUUUUACUUUUUUUCAACUACAGGUAAACUUUUUUCUGCCUUCGAACGUGACUGUCUGGCCUGUAAUUAUUUUUUCCCUAAGGUUAAGAAUUUGUAUAUAUUUCCCUUCCUCAUUACCUGUUUUGCAUACCUAAGAAGUAACUAUUUUUUUAAACUUUUUUUCAACUUGAGGUAAACUUUUUUUCUGCCUUCGAACGUGACUGCCUGACCUGUAAUUAUUUUUUUCCCUAAGAUUAAGAAUUUGUAUGUAUUCCUCAUUACCUAUUUUGCAUACCUAAAGACUAACUACUUUCUCACUUUUUUUCUCAACUAACUGAUUAACUUUUUCUGCCUCGAACGUGACCUGUAAUUAUUUUUUCGCUCUAAGGUUAAGAAUUUGUAUGUAUAUUUUAAGAUGCUGCUGCUGUCUUAGUGAAUGAGAGUCUUUUAGUGUAGUCCCUCUGUCUCUUCUUUUGUAUAGCCUUUUUUCGGCGCCACUCUUGUUGUUGGUUUUUAAUAUGAUGUGAAGAAAGUGUCUUUGUGAAGGAGGGUCUUUUUUUCAAUAUUCUGGUCGAGUGGUGUGAUGGAGAAGAAUACCUGGUGGAAGUAGACGAGUUUACCUGUUAUAUUAGUGUUACCAUAAUCGUAGUUUUUUUAUCAUUAUUCAAAGGAUGUAUUUUUCAACUUAAUUUUUUUCCUAUAAUCUGACAACUCGUUUUUAUCUUUCUUC